UUGUCCCUCUCGGCGUACCGUCGGGACAGGGGGGCGGAACAAAGGGCGGGGUGAGUGGGCGGGGCUCUGUCUCUACCUGUCUUCAGGUGUUCGCGUGCGGCCCUAGGGCACGUUUGGGCCGGAUCAGUAGCAUCUGCUUUCUAGCACUGAUGGAGCGAGCUACUGUUCGGCUGCUGAGCGGCGGCGCGCUGCUACGAAGAAACUUCCCAAGCUGCCUGUCUUCCUGGAAAACUCCUCCUCACGCCCUAAGUUCUUCUCAGCCGGAAGCUCAGCUCAAAGCAGCAACCAAUGGACUACCUCUUGCCCCUCUGCAAACAUUUACCGAUGAGGAGAUGAUGAUAAAGAGCACAGUUAAAAGAUUUGCCCAGGAACAAGUUGCUCCUUUUGUUUCAAAAAUGGAUGAAGAUUCAAAAAUGGAAAAAUCCGUAAUACAAGGAUUAUUUCAACAAGGGUUGAUGGGUGUUGAAAUUGACACAAAAUAUGGAGGAACGGGAGCUUCAUUUUUUUCCUCUAUCCUAGUGGUAGAGGAGUUAGCCAAAGUUGAUGCAUCUGUGGCUCUGGUAUGUGACAUUCAGAACACAUUCAUUAACAGGAUGAUUGGAAAAUAUGGAACAGAAGAACAGAAGGCUACCUAUUUGCCCAAGCUAGCUACAGAAAUGGCAUCAAGUAUCUGCAUUUCAGAGGCUGGAGCAGGUAGCGAUUCAUUUGCUAUGAAGACCAGAGCUGAUAAAAAGGGAGAUUAUUACAUCAUCAACGGGUCAAAGAUGUGGAUUAGUUGCGCUGAGAUUGCUGGACUGUUCGUGGUGUUGGCAAAUGCAGACUUUUCUGCGGGGUAUAAAGGAAUUACCUGCUUCUUGGUCGAUGGUGAUUCCGAGGGCCUUCAUAUAGGGAAACCAGAGAACAAAUUGGGAAUCAGAGCAUCUUCCACCUGCCCAAUCACAUUUGAAGAUGUCAAGGUUCCAAAAACAAAUGUCCUGGGACAAGUUGGACAUGGCUAUAAGUACGCCAUCGGGAGUCUUAAUGAAAGCAGAAUAGGAAUCGCUGCACAGAUGCUGGGACUGGCUCAAGGCUGUUUUGACUACACUAUUCCAUAUAUUAAAGAAAGGAAACAAUUUGGCAGAAGCGUAUUUACUUUUCAGGGGCUCCAGCACCAAGUGGCUCACAUGGCCACCCAGCUGGAAGCUGCACGCUUACUCACAUACAAUGCUGCGAGGCUCUUAGAAGCUGGAAGGCCAAUCAUCAAAGAAGCAUCUAUGGCCAAAUACCAUGCAUCAGAGCUUGCAGGCCUCAUUACCAGCAAGUGUAUCGAGUGGAUGGGAGGAGUGGGCUACACCAAAAGUUACCCUGUGGAAAAAUAUUUCCGAGAUGCAAAGAUUGGCACAAUCUAUGAAGGAACUUCAAAUAUCCAGCUGAACACCAUCGCAAAGUGCAUCGGUGCGGAGUACUGACAGCACAGCCACUGGUGUUAAAUUUUAAACUCUGUGCCUUGUUGGGGGCUGUGGACCUCCAUCUCACUGAAUGAUUUCAUUUGGGCCCCUCAUCUUGGAUCUGAGACCCUUUCUGUCUUCUCUUUACAAUCUGUUUAACUUAGGCACAGAAAAUCAUUUUUAAAAUUUGGGAAGAAAUGUGCCCAUAUUUUCUCCAAAACUAUUUUUAAAGCUCUCUAUGCAUUAUCAUUCUAGCUUCAGUAUACAGAAGUUUCACUUUAUUAGAAUUUGGAAAAAUAAAGAUAGUUUGAGUUUUUCUUGCA